CUAAAGGGGAACCUUUGAAUAUAUGUUUCGUAUUCGUUUGAUAGGGUUUUAAUAAGGAAACCUAGAGCUUUUGGCCAGCCAAUGUUUUUGGACAUUUGAUGGGCAAAGAUUAAUACUAAAGCUUCCACAAAAGAAAGAAAAAGAAGAAGAAGAUAGGAGACCUUAAAAUAAUCUUGGCUACAAACAUGGCGCAGUUAAAAGUAGUACUGUAUUGCAAAAUCCUGGCAGGCCAAAAAGCUGAUAAUUAUUGCUUCAUGGUUCAUAAAUGACAUGUUAACAUUAAACCCACUCGUGUGGUGGGUCAUAAUACAUCGAUUGACAGCAACCCAAAUUCCAUUCCGGAGGCAGUCCGCAGGUGCUCGAGAACGGUCUCCACUGUUUCCAGUUUGCCCCAGUUGGGGGAGACUCGCAUGUGGGGGGGGCGCAUGAGGGAGCCGCACAUGGUUCUCAAACUGCUAUUGUUACCCCUUUGGCGUGGAUGAAUUCCACAGCUCCAGGAGCUCAGCUCGGAGACAUUUGGGUCUUGGGAGAUCUCUACUCCUUGCAGCAGCAAUUGGGAGGGGCAACUAUUGAUCUCGCCCCACGCGCGGCGAGCAUGGAGAGGGGUGACUGAAUGUGACUGAUGCGAUCGCAGUCGAGCCACUUCGGCCGACGACGAGAUCAACCGACCUGUCUUAGAUAGCUCCUGCUGACCUUCACAACCUGAUUCCGCAAGACAUCGAAUCAGCAGAUUGGCACUUUGAUGAUGGAACCAUUUUGACAUAUUUUGCACAAGACGUGCGCUAAGUAUAUACUAUUAUUGCAUAUGUCAGCGAGAGGCUUUGCUUUGGCAUGCUUUGGCUGGACUGAUUGACGGCGGCCUAGAGCGACGAUGAUCUUCCUUGUGAGCCAGACAAUUUCAGCCUACCGCCAUCUACCGCCACUUGCUGGUGCAUGCGCAGCUUUUGCUGGGCCAGCAUGCGUGUUUUCGGGCGAAGGCAGACAGUGAGGAGGGAGCCAAAUGAGGUGCUCAGCGAUUCCUCAGGCGAGCGACGUCUCGGAGGAGCCGGACCCCGCGCGAGUGGCCCGGAGCGAGGUGUGGCACAAGCCGACAAGUGGGAGGCCAUGGCGCAAGAAUUGAGCUGCUUGGAAGAUGGCCCUGCCAUGAGAUGGACCUCAGACCCCGCUGCGCCAACUCGCCCAACCGCCAACCGUUCAGUCGCCGAGCUGCUGCCGGGCCUGCCGAGGAGGAGGAGUGUGCGCUCAGUAAGUGACACUAGCUCCUCUAGCAGCUCGUCCAGCAGUUCUGCUUCGCCCACGGGACAGCGGAGCGGCGCCAGUAGCGGCGCCAGCGGUGGUGGUGCCACCAGCCGCGUGUGAAGAGACAGGGUGACAGGUAGAGAGGAGCCAGUGCAGGGCUGUCG